AUGAGCUUUCCGCGUCUAAGAAGGAUACCUUCAGUUGCUUACAACUCAAUUUCACCGCUAAACCUGAAUGUUCAUAUUGAGGGGGAUAAUGGAGACGCGGCCUACUAUGGAAUUACAGGCACCACUUUACCCAUAUCCGAGAUCUCAAGACUCGUUGACAUAAUACGCCGAGAUGCUACUGAGGAAUUGGAUGGUUUCCCGUUUGAAAUGAUACAAAAUUUGAAAAUUAAUGUGGUCCUAUCACAGUUACCGUGCUCAGAGUAUAUGUCACAGCUGUUCUGGAAAAUUCUUCAUGGAGUAAAUCUACUUCAACUCGCUUGCAUCCUUUCCGCGCACUCCAUCAUGGAUGUCCUUCUAAAUAGCAAGAUCAAACGCAUUCAAACCAAUGAAGACGUUACUUCUGUGCAUAUUUACGCGGCUAUGGGUGACUAUAUUGCACUUCGAAAAUUAACAAUGGCUGAAUUCAACAUCACUCAACAGGACAAGUUUGGCAAAUUACCAAUUGACUAUUGUUGGAAUUAUUCCUUGCAAGAUAUUCGCGACUUUCUAAUUGCACAAUCCAAGGCGCCUUCCGCGGAUUUCGUUGAGGACAACGAUGAAUCCGAUGUGGAAUUCGCAUCCACGGAACAGGAAGCUCAAGAAACUAAUUCUAGCAUGGCAUUAAAAUUUGAAGCCUACCUCUGCACUCAAGUCAACCCCCUCUACUGCUACAAAGGUCACACUUACUGUGAAUGUUGCGAUGACGCUUACGAUCACGAGAGCUUUAGUGGAAAUGCCGUUUUGGAUAAAUUAAUUGCUAGUCGAAAGGACCGUUUCAUCAAACGACCUACCAACACCUUCGGACAGUUUGAAACACCCUGUUCCAGUGUCAUGGCUGAGGCAAGUAGUUUUGUGGCGUGGAUAAUCACCGAUGGUCAGUAUGGUAGCAUAUCCGAAGUAAUGUCUAUGGGAAUGCCUGGUUAUGCAGAAGCUUACGGCUUGAAGCGUCUUCAAGUAAUUGGAAUAGUGCCAUGGAGGCGUCUUCCAUUUCAAGCCAACCUGCGUUCCUCCAACUAUAUGGGUUCAACACAAGUCGAGUUUCCACCGAAAGGUCAUAAAUCCGAACUCCAUACACCGUUGGCUCCUUAUCAUACACGCUACUUAUUCGUAGAUUCGGGAUCCAGAAAUGAUAUACACUGUAUACAAGAAUUCCGAACAAUGUUUGAAGUCUGGCUGACUAAAGUCACCUUCCAAACGGACAACUGCAAUCUCACCCAUAACACACCAGUCUGUGGAAUCCUUGUCACCGGUAGGCCUGAAGACGCUUUGGGGGUUUGUGAAGCCCUGAAGAACAACAUUCCCUUUGUGAUUAUAGCUGUGAGUAUUAGCAUUAAAUAUUGCAAAAAAACAAAACUAUUCACAUUGAAAUGA